CACAGUUACGAUAAGAUCUUCCUAUCAAGCGCAAUAGAGGAAGCUUUGUUCUACCAGAGGAUUGCAUCAAUUCUCAAAUCAUUAACACGGUGCAAUUAAAUAUACACCACAAUGGACCAGGAGGCCGAAGCCAUUUUCGAACAGGAAACAACGUUUGGACUGCGAGUGUGGCAACUAUUGUUCCUCUGCCUCGGAACGGUGCUGGGAGUAGUGAUAAUGUGUUGCUGUUGCAUACGGUUCCGAAUACCGCGUACCAAACAGGAAAUAGAAGCAGAUUACCAUCGAAAGAAGUUAACCAGAAAAUUUCGGGAACGAUUGGACUGUUUGAACAAUACCGAAAUCGAUGAGAUGGACCUGAUGAAAGCUUUGGAUCGAGUGCGUGAACAGUUUCUAUCCGAAAAAGAAGGGAUGGAUAUCAAGGAAACCGAAGAAAACAACGAUAAUUAUUCGAAUAAAGGAAUACGUCAAUGUGUUUAAUUUGUUG